AUCUCUCUCCGCUUGCACCAUCUGCUCACGUGACUCCGACAAUGCUGCUCAGCAUCACAGUAGCCAUCUUGGUCAACACCCACUCGGUUGCAGCGAACACAACCAAUCCAGUUAGCGUGAGUGGGGGCUGUGCGGAGUGAGACGAGGAGAAAGAGAGGCAGUUGUGAUUGUUGCUCCACCACUGAGCCGUUUGCAGCAUCUCAAUCCUCCUCGUUCUGCUGAGCGAGACCAGAAAGCAGACACUGUUUCAUGCGACGGAUUUUCUCAUGAUUCCGAUUCCAGCUUGGAAUUUGUAAUUUUUUCAUUUUUUUUUUUUUAAAAGAAGAAACCAGACAAAAAAAGAAAAGCCUCUUGUUUAAUUACUGCCCUGGCUGUUUUUUCUUCCUUUCAUUGGCCUUCAUUGUUUCUUCUUCCUCUCCUGUUGGCAGGAGCUCGUUUUCAUUCCUGAUUAAUCCGUAUUCUUCUCCGGCUCUCGGGCAACGGAGGCCAUCGUUGUUGUUAUUGUCGUAGUCACUGGGCCUCACAGCUGAGUCACCAUGUCGGAUCUGACGCCACAGAGCGAGGCGCCCACCCCCACCACAGACAAGAUCACGCAGGCUGCCCGCGAGACCAUCUACCUGUGCAACUUCCGCGUGUCUGUGGAUGGCGAGUGGCUGUGUCUACGUGAACUCAAUGACAUCUCGCUCACUCCCGAGCCUGAGCCAGCACAUGAAGACUCAUGGGAAGAUUUCACAGAAUUGGUGGAACAAAUGCAAAUGCUUGAUGAGUUCAAAGAUCCCAAGGACCCCAUUGCUAUCGAGAGGCUUAACCUGAUGAACAUGGCCAAGCUGAGCAUUAAAGGCCUGAUCGAGUCAGCUCUAAACCUGGGCCGCACACUAGACUCAGACUACGCCCCGCUGCAGCAAUUCUUUGUCGUGAUGGAGCACUGUCUGAAACAUGGACUCAAAAGCAAGAAGACGUUCCUCGGUCAGAACAAGUCGUUCUGGGGUCCUCUGGAGUUAGUGGAGAAGUUGACUCCAGAAGCUGGUGAAAUCACCGCUAGUGUCAAAGAUCUUCCUGGCCUUAAAACUCCUUUGGGAAGAGGCAGAGCGUGGCUGAGACUGGCCCUCAUGCAGAAGAAGCUCUCGGACUACAUGAAGACCAUAAUUAACAGAAAGGAUCUUCUAAGUGAGUUCUAUGAGCCCAAUGCUCUGAUGAUGGAGGAAGAGGGAGCAGUAAUUGCUGGACUGUUGGUGGGACUCAAUGUCAUUGAUGCAAAUCUGUGUAUGAAGGGAGAAGACUUGGACUCUCAGGUUGGCGUUAUAGAUUUUUCUAUGUAUCUAAAAGAUGGAGGUCACAGCAGCAAGAGCACAGAGGGUGACGGACAAAUCACAGCAAUCCUUGACCAGAAGAAUUAUGUCGAGGAGCUCAACAGACAUUUAAGUGCUUCUGUGAACAACCUCCAAGCCAAAGUGGAUGCCCUUGAAAAGUCCAACACAAAACUUACAGAGGAGCUUGCAGUUGCAAACAAUAGAAUCAUCACUUUGCAAGAGGAGGUAGAGAGGAUGAAGGAGGAAAGCUCUUACCUCGUGGAAUCCAAUCGCAAGGCUUUGAGGCCAGAUGGAGCUGCAGAUGGCCAAGUACUUGGAGAAACCCGAAAGCAGCUCAAAGAGGAAACUCAGCUCAGACUGGAUGUGGAGAAAGAGCUGGAGGUGCAGAUUGGGAUGAGGCAGGAGAUGGAGCUGUCCAUGAAGAUGCUGGAGAAGGACAUUUGUGAGAAACACGAUGCGCUGGUGGAGCUCAGACAUCAGCUAGAUGAUUUACGCAGAAUCAACCAUGAGCUCUGCCACAAGUCCCAGAGCUCAGAGACCAGUUUGAAACAGAAGAAUGAGAUCAUCAGUCGCUUUGAUGAGAAAACAAACCAGAUGGCAGCCACUAUUAAACAGCUGGAGCACAGAUCUAAACAGGCAGAGAAGCAGAGGGAUCUGGCUGAGGAGGCGAACAGGCUUUUCAAACAGGAGUUUGGUGACAAAAUUGCAAGUCUGCAGCAGGAAGUGGAGCAUUUACAAAAGCAGAGGAGCGGUUUGGAGCAGGAGCUGAGGAAGGAGCGAGGAAGACGAGGGAGUCAGCAUUCAGACCCCGUGCUGGUGAAAACUCCUCCGCACAGAGACAUGCAGCAACAAGUGGAGGACAUAAGAAAGGAACUGGAAACGGUCAGAAAGGAGAACGACACACUUCGAAACGUGUUGGAAGAGAAAACGAGUCUCAGUUCGAACUUGUCGCUGUCACACGAAGACGAACAGAACCAGUCAUUCGAAGAAGAGCCAUUUGUUUGUACAAAGUGCAACAUUUCGGAAGCACUAAGCAGUUCUAAGCAGGAGUGCAAGAACUGCCGAGAAGUGUACUGCAAGAACUGCAUGCUCAACGAAAUCCCCCUGCCGUCCUCCAUCACGCCCGAGCGCGUGUGCGACGUGUGCUACUCCGAGCUGCUGCAGCAGUACGCCUCCACCCCAUCCUGAGUCGCUUCCACUCUAAUUUCAGUAAAACUUAUUCAAAACUGGAACAUGUUCGAUUUAAUUCAGGUUGACGCUGUAAACACCAGCAGACGUGCAGUGAGUUUUUUUUUGUUUAGUUCUGCUUUUUUUGUUUGUUUGUUUUAAAGGGAAUGUUUGUGCUACUUAAUUCUUUCAUUUAUUUGCAUCAAAUUCAGCAUCGUGUUGUAGACGAGUGAUGUCCACCAAGUGGACUUGUGCAGUACUACUUGUAUUGUUUCUGAAAUCAAUCAAAACAAAGUUUUACAAAUUAUUUUCUUUAGUGGUUAUGUAUCACACAGAAAGAUAUCCAAAAUGGUUUCUGGGGUGAGACGGUAUGCAAAUUAUUUUAAUGAUUUUAGAAAUACUUUUAGUGAUUAUUUUUUUGUACAUAAGAUUUUAACAGACUGGGUGCCAAAGCUUUUUUUUUUUAAAGCAAAACUCUGCACUUAAGCAUGCAGUAUCAUCUCGACAUAUUUAUCAAGGUAUGAACUGUUCAAAAUGAAGCUGCGUUUACACUUACAGAAUGUAACGAAAACAGUUUGAUACUUUGUGAUAUUCUCGCCUCUAAAGGCUCAAUAAAGAUUUGUCAAAAUUG